AUGAGACGUUGAUUUAUUAGGAAAAAGGUCAACGUAGCAAUUCGAUACACUUCCCCCUUUUCGUUCCAUUCGAUUCCAUCCUCUCAUAGCUCUCAUCACCUCCCCCUCAAAAAAUAAGAAGUAAAAAAAGAAAGGUUUGGUGAUUCCUCUCCGAUCUCCUCUAAUUCGUUGUUCAUAUUCUCGGCGUUUUCAUCAAUUAAUUUGGCUUGUAAAUUUCCAUGGCGUCUACUGGACCUGCGACUGAGUUUGCUCAAGAAAGCACACGCAAGUCUUUAAUAGCAAUCUCACAAUCUGUUCCAGGGAAGACCCUUAACUCGGACCAAACAGCAGUUAGCUCAACAUACGCCAACUCGGUGGACAGUAACUGCAAUGGAGGGAAAGAAGAAUAUAGAUCGAAGCUGAUCUCCAUAUCGUACACUCAAUCUCCCGACGCUCAACCCUCGCCUUGUUCUUUGGAGAAUAUCGGCAGUUAGCCAAUGAAACUUUUCUUCUGCUUUUGAAGAUACUGUGAUGCUAUUGUUUCAUAUUGUGGUGGCUUGGAUUUGAUGCUUACUACUGUUUCAUAAUAUGGUUUGUAAACUUAAACGCCUAGCAAUGUGUACAGUUGAAUUCCUUGCCUGGAGUGUUAGCUGACAGUAAGAAAUAUUCGGAGCCCCUUAUUUCAAAAUAUCAGUCUUCUCCGAUUGGCGAGACAAGUGACCCGAUCAGAGUUGGGCCAACGAAAUCGUCCAUUGCGUGUCAUCAGCUGGGUUUACGGCUGUUCUAAUUUCCUGCUGAUAAAACCUUGUUGUGUUUCUUUAUCUUUUUUUUGCUUGUUGAAGAUGGGGUUAAAGGGUGUUACACUCAUAAUAAUGUGAAAUAUGCGAAGUACAUGGCAGGAAAGGUUUUUUCG